CUCACACCACAGAAAAAUUCCCCCUUUUUGCGAUUGUCAUUUCGGCGCGAGGAAUUUUGCAUUUUCACGGUAUUUACCUGGAAAUUCGUGAAAAAUCAGUGGAAUUUUCAUCCCAAGCCAUGUCUGACGAAUAUUUUUACGGUGUGACGUUGACCGGCGCAGCACCCACACAGACGUGGGAUCCCUUCCACGGGGAAGAUGACCAGGAUAUGGCAGUUUCAAAUAAGUUGCUGGUGAAAAUGCUCCUUCUCGGUCACGACGCUCCCGCCGAUGAAUACAACGUUGUGGAGGUCACAACGCAGACAAUUGAUGAUGUUAUCAAGAUCCCCAUUGGGGUGCUGAAGGUGGGAGAAAUCCGCAAUAUCUGCAUGGAGCUGGAAUUUGUGGCUCCGGUCAUUUUCACCCUGAUCAAGGGUGCGGGCCCCGUUCACAUUCACGGUCAUCACUUGAUUGGGGAAUCCUCGAUGGAGGGCACGUGGGCCGGCGAAGGGGAAGAAGAGGAAGAAGAUGAAGAUGGUGCUGAAGAGGAUGAGGACAGUGGGAGUGCCCGUAGGAAACAAAAAUUCCCCAAAACCAUCACAAAACCCGGCGGUGUGGCGCGAAAGAAGAAGUGAAAUCGAGGGAAAAGUGGGAAAAGUUAAUUUCUUCACGGAAAUUCCGCCAUAAAUCAUCAUUCUCCCCCAUUUCCUACAUGUGUACAAUGUUCCAAUUAAAGUCCAUUCAAUAUAUUUGUCAUUCAUAAGC